ACGUGGUUAAAUUCGACACUCUUUUAGUAAAUUCAUAUUAUAUUCCCAUCAAAUUUGUGUUAAUGUUUUGUUUUUUCUGAUAUAUCAGUUUAAAUGUGUAUAUCUAACAAAGUUGAAGGCAGAGAGCCGUUAAGUUAUCCUCAGCAUAAGUUUUAUUAUAUUUGGAUUCAAAAUGGGAGAUAUAGAAAAUCUCGUUGAUCUAUUACCGAUUUAUUAUGCUAGAUUAUUUCCUUUCAAUGAUUUUUAUGACUGGCUUGGCUAUGGAAGUUUAAGUAACUUUACUAGAAGAGAAUUCUCUUUAACUCUUCAGGAUGAUAUUUAUCUUCGAUUUCAAUCAUUUAAAACUCCCAGAGAAUUAGAAGCAGAAAUCAAGAGACUUAUUCCAUUUAAAAUUGAUAUUGGUGCUGUGUACAAUGUUCCACCGAAGGAACAAAAGAAACGACCAAAAUUUUUUCCUGUGGAAAGAGAACUUGUUUUUGAUAUCGAUAUGACAGAUUAUGAUGAAGUAAGAACAUGUUGCGAAGGCACAGAUAUUUGUAACAAGUGUUGGAAGUUUAUGGUACUUGCAUGUAAAAUAUUGGAUACAGCAUUGAGAGCUGAUUUUGGAUUCAACCAUAUUCUCUGGGUAUUUUCUGGUAGAAGAGGUAUACAUUGCUGGGUUUGUGAUGCAGAUGCACGCUUUUUAGGAGAUAUUCAACGCUCUAGCGUUGCAGAAUAUUUACAAGUUAUUGGAGGUGGAGAAUAUAUGAAAAAGAAAGUCAGUUUACCCCAUGAUAAUAUACAUGCAUCUAUUAGACGUGCACUAAAUAUAAUUGAAGCAGAAUUUAUUCCUAUGUGCAUCGAAGAGCAAGAUAUAUUAGGAACCAAUGAAAGAAUUGAAAAGUUUUUAGCAAUACUACCGGAAGAAGAAGACCAGGUAGAACUAAAGAAUUUAUUUGACCAAUGUUCGUCCAGUGCAGCACGAUGGAAGGCGUUUUGUGAAUUUGUCAAAAACAAAAGAACUAAGAGAGGUACAAAAUGGUAUUUAUACCGUCAUCUUAAAGAAGAAGUAAUGUUGCAAUAUGCCUAUCCACGGUUAGAUAUAAAUGUCACAAAAGGAAUGAAUCAUCUUUUAAAAUCACCUUUUUGCAUACAUCCAAAAACGGGCAAGGUUUGUGUACCAUUUACAGUAAAGACCGUAGAGAAAUUUCAACCAGAUAAUGUUCCAACAAUAAUGACAUUAAUAAACGAAAUUAAUGAGUUCGAUGCAAAAGAGAAGACAGAAGAAAUUAAUAAUUUAGAUACAACAAAGAUAAAAGAUUACAAAAAAACCAGUUUAAAAAAAUCACUUCAUAUAUUUCACGAAUUUUUAUGGGGACUUAAGGAAGCACGAAAAGACUUAAAGGCUAAGGGGUAUGGUGAAAGAUUGCAAUUUUAAAAAUAUCACAAUUAUUUCAGUAUUAUGUACGUAAUGGUUAUAUGUGUACCAAUGCAAACUGUUAUUUUUAUAUUUUUCUCAAUAAUUGAAUUAAUGUUUAGAAACAUUUAUAUGUAAAAAUAUUAAGAAUUCAGUUUAAUAAAACCAAUAUUGUAAUUGUAAAA